AUGGCUUCGUAUAGCAAUACAAUGCCAAUGGCAGCGCCUCGUCCUGGCCAACAGGCCGCUUAUGGCGCGCCAAUGCAAAGCCAUGCUCAAAUACCUAUACAUGGACAUCCCGCUCCUGCUGGUACCUUUGCUCCCGGUACUAAGAUUCAAGUCGGCAAUCAUAGAGUGGUGAUUCAGAAAUACCUAUCCGAAGGUGGAUUUGCACAUGUGUAUCUCGUCAAGUUACCACGCCCCGUCGAUGGAACCGACCUGGCUGUGUUGAAGAGGGUUGCUGUGCCGGAUAAGGAGACUCUUCGUGGGAUGCGGACCGAGGUUGAGACGAUGAAGCGGCUUAAGGGGCACCAAACAAUUGUUACAUAUAUCGAUUCGCACGCAUCUGAGCUCAAGGGCGGCAGUGGAUAUGAAGUCUUCCUCCUGAUGGAAUACUGUAAUGGCGGGGGGCUGAUCGACUUUAUGAAUACCCGGUUACAGCACCGUCUUACCGAACCCGAGAUCUUAAAUAUUUUCUCCGAUGUUGCGGAGGGUGUCGCUUGUAUGCAUUAUCUCAAGCCUCCUUUAUUACACCGAGACUUGAAAGUCGAGAACGUCCUCAUCACCGUAAAUGGAGCCAAGAGGAAGUUUAAGCUAUGUGAUUUUGGUUCAGCUGCCCCUCCGAGACCUGCGCCGCAAACUGUCGCAGAGUGCCGCAUGAUAGACGAGGAUAUCCAAAGACAUACUACAUUACAGUACAGGAGUCCGGAGAUGAUUGAUGUCUACCGGAAACAGCCGAUAGAUGAGAAAUCGGAUAUAUGGGCUCUGGGAGUUCUCCUCUAUAAGCUCUGUUAUUAUACUACGCCAUUUGAGGAGCAAGGGCAGCUUGCCAUCUUGAACGCGAGCUUCAGAUUUCCUAAUUACCCGAUAUUCUCCGAUAGGUUAAAGCAAUUGAUCGCAUCCAUGCUGCGGGAAGAUCUACGAUCUCGACCAAAUAUUUACCAAGUGCUCCGAGAAAGCUGUCGGAUGCAAGGGCGUGAAGUACCUAUACAUGAUAUAUAUUCUCAGCCAUCUCAUUUAGAGGCUAAGAGAAACGAGAAUCAAAUAACUGCUGGCAAAGACCCUAGGGGAACUCCAGGUAUAGGUGCUGUGUACUCACCACCACAGCAACCACAAACCCAAGCAAUCCCAGAGAUCACACCCAUGAGGCGUGGUAGACCAACAGUUUCCAACCAGUCCGUCCCAACACAGGCGGCCAAGCCAAGCCCGUCUCCAGCGAGGAUCACAAGUGGUGAUCCAUUUGCUGCACUUGACACUAAAACGGGACCCGGUGCCGACGCAGAUGAGCUAUCCUCUAGGUUUCCGACACUUGAUCAAUUCGCUCUCCUACACGAUCAAGGGACGAAGUUCGACUUUGAUAGUCCAAUAUCUCCCGCAGAUCCACAAAAGCAUCUAAGCCAGCGUGUUGCCGCUCAACUAGCGGAAGAAGCAUUCAUUAAACCUCAAGCCACAGUAGGGACGAUCCCAACAGGUCAAAGGCAAUCGACGGAUCUGAGCCGAGUGAAGUCAGUAGCAGCUGUAACGGACUUAAGAAGAUUAUCGCCUCCGCCUGGCUCGGUCAACAAGCCUAGUCCGGCACCACCCAAACAGCCAGUGGAGAUGAGUCGUGCCUCAGCCAUAAUAUCUAGUAAUCCUGAGCUCCAGGCUAUUUCUUCCCCUCCGCCGCAAACACCUCAAGAUAUUCCAAACAGACCGGCCAUGGUCUCGACCGGAACUAUGACUAGUACCCCUCCCCCUGAAAGACAAACCCGAGAUUACCCCCCGAUCCAUCGAUUCCCUUCGGCAGACCAGCACAGCCCAUCGAGUUUGCCUAGACAGCAGGAGCCCAUAGGUACUGGCCUGAAACGCCCGGAUAUAAGUUAUGCGCUCCGACCUACUCCAACGCCACGCAUUGACUCCAUCCAACCUUCACCAGGGCAUGCUCGACACUCAUCUUCAUCCCGCCCAUCUCUAGAAAGCGGCCGACCCAGUGCUGAACAACUCGAAUUCCUAUCUAAAACUUCUGUUACUGGAGGACGUCCUAGGCCCGCUAGUACUUAUCUUGAAUCUGAUAUGGACUACCUUCGCGAACGGGAGGCAGCCCCAAGGCCACUUCGCUCUCCUAGCUAUUCGCCAAAUCUACUUGGAAAUUCCUCAUCACCCAGACUAGAGCCCCAGGAUGAUACAACAAUAGAGUCAAAUGUAGACUUCCUCAGGUCGAUGGAGGAUUCCGAUGGGAAAAAGAAGGAAAAGGUUACAAAGCAACAUACGAAGCGCUCGAGUUUGACUUCCUUGUCCGGCACCAAAAAUAUCCUAGCUGGGAGGUUUGGCGAUGCUUUUAAACGAUUUGAGAGUAACCCUUCGGGAUCGGGUGCGCGUACACCAUCCCCACUCAAGGAUAUGGAGCGUCACGAUCUGACCCCUAUUGCGGGAUCGGAGGCAACCGAUGGUCGUAGUGAUGAUGGACAUCUUGGUGAGGCUGAAUUGACACCAGAAAUGCGACGAGAGCUUGAGCUCCAGGCUCUUGCGGAAGAGGAGCGGAGGGUGGAGGCCGCAGCUGCUGAAUAUAAGCAGCGGAUGGCUUCCCGGGAUGCCGGUGGUCCAUCGGGCCCGCUCCCCAAGAGUAUCGGUGGUGUUUCCCGAGCUGUAAGCAUACAGAACCGCGUGCAAAAUCUCCUAGACGAGUCGCAGAAGUCCUCCCAGCAGGUACAGCGCACAGCAUCAGGCUACGGCAAGUUCUCAGACGCAGCUGUAGCUAAAGGUCGCGUGGAAAAACAAGUUCCUGAAGUCCCCCCGAAAAACUUCACUGGUGGACGAGGCACUACUCCACUCAAGCCUGUCCCUACGUCGACCGAUCCAUCUGCCGCCGCUCGAGGCCGCGCUCAGCCCGAUCCCAGCUCUCCUGUUAAACCAACCCUUCCGCCUAAGCCUACGCAUCUCAACAAACUGCCCACAGGAAACGCCCGUGCUCGAUCACCGCCAAAAGCUGCGCCGUCACAACAGCCUCCAGGCCCCGCUCACCGUGCUUCUUCCGAGUACCUCGCGGGCGUAGGGUUACCCGGCCGGCCCAUCCUUGAUAUGUCUUUCAAGGAGAAGGAGGACUACAUCCAAGACUUUGCCAAGAGAUACCCAAGCCUUAGUUCUAUCGAGAUGGUUGAACGAGACCUGGAUGCCGAGGUGGAAAAUAGGGGGAGAAGGUAA